UAUGAUCAGUUUGAUGCAUUUAUCCAGUGAGGAGUCAAUCGUAUUAAACAAUUUUGCAACAAUUGCAAGGCUGCGUUUUUACUGAAUGCAAUCAUUGACGUCAUUUUAUUUUAUCUUUCGUGCAACUUACAUUGUCUCACUCGAUAGUUGGUAGCGAAUCAGUAACAUGUGAAGAGCCGCAUAAAUCAACUACAUUGUGCGUAGAAAUGUUCGCCGAAUACUUGCCCUUCACGAUCCAGUACUUUUAUCACAUAAUCAUUGGUAUUGUGUCGUUCAUUUUGUUAAAAACAUUCUUCGAACAUUUGGUUGAGAGAACUGUGCAAAAUGGGACAAGUGUAUUAACCGAGAAAUCCACGGAAUCAAGUGAAAAAGUGAAUGAACGAUCGUUUGAAGUGGAGCCCGCUUUACCACACGAUCUUAAGCACAUACCAUACCAUAACGUUCGGAAAUCCGAAAAGGAAUUAUUAGCUCGUGCGUCAGAAUUUUAUCGAAUAGCUGCAGCGAGGCGAACCUUAAGAUUCUUUAGCGACGAUCCCGUUCCGAAGGAAGUUAUCCGUGAACUUAUAAGAGCCGCAGGUACUGCUCCCAGCGGCGCGCAUACAGAGCCAUGGACUUUUAUUGCGAUAUCCGAUCCGACUACGAAAUCAAACAUCAGAGAUAUCGUAGAGCAAGAGGAAAAAAUCAAUUACAAAAAGAGGAUGGGUAUAAAGUGGACAACUGACUUAUCUCCGCUAAGGACUAACUGGAUAAAGGAAUACCUCACCACAGCUCCGUACUUGAUACUUGUGUUCAAGCAAACUUAUGGCAUUUUGCCAAAUGGACAGAAAAAGAUUCAUUAUUAUAAUGAAUUGAGCGUUUCUAUCGCAUGUGGAAUUCUCAUUACUGCUAUACAGUAUGCCGGAUUGGUGACUCUUACAUCUACGCCAAUGAAUUGUGGACCAGCAAUACGCAACAUCCUUGGACGUCCAUCCAACGAGAAGUUAGUAUUACUUCUGCCGGUCGGUUAUCCAGCUAAAGACGCCACUAUACCCGAUUUGCAGCGGAAAGAUCUGACUGAGAUCCUAGUCGAGAUCGACUAACGGAAGUAUAAAUUACACAAUUGAUGCCUUAUAGCUAUCGUUUGAUGCGCUAAAAAAAAAUUGCAAGAAUAUUUCAUACGUUUCUUUAUUUACAUGGAAAAACGAGAAUGGGAGUAUUUGAAAUAAACAAU